AUGGAAACACCCAUCAUCGCGUUGGCGGUGACCAUGACGACCGUGGAAACGAACAUCAAAAACGUCCACGAGUCUCGAUCACUUUCCUACAUCAACGUCGUUCCCGCACGUGCUCUCCAUUUUACCGACCACGUACAUGUUCUCCUUCACGACGACAUCGUUCUCGUACUCCAUCCAGACAUCGUUUUCCCUCCCCUUCUCGAUGCCCUUCCCGUCGACAUCGUUCACGCUCCCCUUCCAUGCAACACCAGCCUCGAUCUCGACAUCACUCUCCAACACCACCCCGUACAUCCAACACAUUCCUUGGCACUGCUCCUACUCCUGCUUCUGGACCCUCCCAUACUCCAACCGAUGCUCCAUCCCAUGCUCCAACCCCGAAUCCAUCUGGCCCCAAAUCCAAACACCAUCAAACAUCACCCCCAAGUCCCAUUCCACCUACUGAUUCCAAGCGACCACGCACAACCCUAUCAACCUCCACUCAACGAACUAUUACCGUACCGAACGUCCCUCAGCCCCCUACCUCACUUUCGCAUCCAUCGCAACCCUACUACUACAGCCAAAGAACCUCCUUCCCAUGCAUUCAAGCCACCUAUCCUGCGAUCGGUCAAGACAUCUACCUUCACAUCCAACAAGUCGGUUCACUUCAACCUUCAAGAUCAUAUACACUUCAAAAUGAAGACUCAAGCCCCCACCACCUCUGGCAGUUCACUGUACCUCUUCCUGGUCUACUCCAUCUCAUUCAACCUUCAACAUCCCGUCAAGAUCAUCCUCGAUCAAUCAAGUCCUUCGUCAUCCUCUGCCGCGUUUACCAUCGCGUCCGACUCUCGCCCCUCCAACGAAUCACUGUACCGACUAUGGCACAACCGAUUUGGCCAUCCAAGUGACUCGGUCUUCCAGUCCCACUUCAAGGACCACCUCGACUUCACCUCAAGCUGA